CGCUCAGAACUCCAUCCCCCGCCGGCCCCCGCGGCCUAGGCUAUUGCCUCUUCCUGUUCAGGGGGGAGAAGCCCUGCCGCAGCAAGUUGAGAGGAUUUCGGAAAGGGCCCCCGCCUUCUCGCUGACUUCUCGGAGACUGAGGGCUUGGCGGAAGCAGGACUGACUUCAUCAGUGUUUAGAGGCUAAGAAAAGUGGCAGAUAUGGAUAGUGAUUCUAGGCAUCUUCUCAUCCCUGAGGUAGAUCAUGAAAUAAUAAAUCCUGGACCUAUGAAUAUCCAGUUUGAUUCAUCAGAUCUAAGAUCCAAAAGGCCUUUCUAUAUAGAGCCCACAAACAUCGUCAGUGUGAAUGAUGUCAUUCAGAGGGUUAGCGACCAUGCCUCUGCCAUGAACAAGAGGAUCCAUUACUACAGCCGGCUCACUGCUCCUGCAGACAAGGCACUGAUUGCCCCAGAUCAUGUAGUUCCAGCUCCAGAAGAGUGCUAUGUAUAUAGUCCAUUGGGUUCUGCUUAUAAACUGCAAAGUUACACUGAAGGAUAUGGCAAAAACACCAGUUUAGUAACCAUUUUUAUGAUUUGGAAUACCAUGAUGGGAACAUCUAUAUUAAGUAUUCCUUGGGGCAUAAAACAGGCUGGCUUUACUACUGGAAUGUGUGUCAUCAUGCUGAUGGGCAUUUUAACACUUUAUUGCUGCUACAGAGUAGUGAAAUCACGAGCUAUGAUAUCAUCAGUGGAUACCACUACCUGGGAAUAUCCAGAUGUCUGCAGAUACUAUUUUGGCUCCUUUGGACAGUGGUCGAGUCUCCUUUUCUCCUUGGUAUCUCUCACUGGAGCAAUGAUAGUUUAUUGGGUGCUUAUGUCUAAUUUUCUUUUUAAUACUGGAAGGUUUAUUUUUAAUUUUAUUCAUCACAUUAAUGACACGGAUGCUGUACUGAGUACCAAUGAUAGCAACCCUGUGAUUUGUCCAAGUCCUGGGAGUGGUGACCAUCCUGACAAUGGCUCUAUGAUUUUCUAUGCCAAUGACACAGGACUCCAGCAGUUUGAUAAGUGGUGGAAUAAGUCCAAGACAGUGCCCUUUUACCUCAUAGGGCUCCUCCUGCCACUGCUCAAUUUCAAAUCUCCUUCAUUUUUUUCAAAAUUUAAUAUCCUAGGCACAGUGUCCGUUCUCUAUUUGAUUUUCCUUGUCACCUUUAAGGCCAUACACUUGGGAUUUCAUUUGGAAUUUCACUGGCUUGUGCAAACAGAGUAUUUUGUACCAGAGAUAAGAUUUCAGUUUCCACAGCUGACUGGAGUGCUUACCCUUGCUUUCUUUAUUCAUAAUUGUAUUAUUACACUCUUGAAGAACAACAAGAACCAAGAAAACAACGUGAGGGACUUGUCCAUUGCUUAUAUGCUGGUGACAUUAACUUACCUCUAUAUUGGAGUCCUGGUUUUUGCUUCAUUUCCUUCACCACCAUUAACCAAGGAUUGCAUAGAGCAGAAUUUUUUAGACAACUUCCCUAGCAGUGACAUCCUGUCCUUCAUUGCAAGGAUAUUCCUGCUGUUCCAGAUGAUGACUGUAUACCCACUCCUAGGCUAUUUGGCGCGUGUUCAACUAUUGGGCCAUGUCUUCGGUGACAUUUAUCCUAGCAUUUUCCAUGUGCUGAUUCUUAAUCUAAUUAUUGUGGGAGCUGGAGUGAUCAUGGCCUGUUUCUACCCAAACAUAGGAGGAAUCAUAAGGUAUUCAGGAGCAGCAUGCGGCCUGGCCUUUGUAUUCAUAUAUCCGUCUCUUAUCUAUAUAAUUUCCCUCCGCCAAGAAGACCGUCUGACAUGGCCAAAGUUAAUCUUUCACAUUUUUAUCAUCAUUUUGGGCUUGGCUAACCUGAUUGUUCAAUUUUUUAUGUGAAAUACUCAAUGUCUUCUCAGAAUCUUUCAUGGCAUUUUAAACUUUGACAACAGUUCCACAUAAAUUGACUUAUAAAUGCUGCUGUUGCUAUAAUUCUAAAUGUUUUCCUAAGAUAAUUUGAAAAAAAGGGGUGGGGGGAAUAGUGGUCCAUGAAUAAGUAAUUUUGAUUAGAGUGGAGAAAGGGGCAAGAAGAAUGAUCUUUGUCUCACUUCAUAUGCACCACCCCUUCAUUCUCAUUGUCUUUUCUGAGUAGAAGUAUAUGCCCUUAGGAAAAAUCAUGUUGGUUUUUUAUUUUUACAGAUAUAAGGUGGGUGGGUUUAUUUUGACUACAGUGAAGAUUCUCUGUAUUUUUACAGAUAUAAGGUGGGUGGGUUUAUUUUGACUACAGUGAAGAUUCUCAGGGUAUCACAGCAACUAUUGCCAGAUGCUAUUUCUGUUUUAUGUUUCAGUGUAUUCACUUUCAUUUUAUUACUUGCUAGGCCAUUUCUGCAGUUUACCCAAACAUGUACUGUUUGGGACAGUAAACCAAAUACCUCAUUUGUAAAAAGAAAUCUCCAUGGCAUCAGUGUUAAAUGAGUGAACUCUUAACUGCAUCCUUAAUCUCUAUUUAAAAGAGAGAAAGAAAGAAUGUCAGUACAGGCUCUUUGGUCAUGAACCAGUAUGAUUAUCCCCAUAGACCCAAGAGGGCUCUUUUGCUUUUUGAAUCCCUGAGCAUUGCAUAGGAUAUCAUGACAGGACCAACGGGGAAGCAUGUAGGAAUCAUGGCAGAGAAUGUUGGGUACGUGAGUCCCUACAGGGAAGAAAGGAAAUGGAGAAGGGGCCAGAAGAGUGAGGCCUCCUUCAUAGCAUAUUGUGAGGUGUUGGAAGUGUCUCUUUACCACAGGAAAGGACUAAUCCUUUUUGAGGUAAGACUUCCAAGAAGGGGACCACCCCCCCAUUGCCUUACUUCUUAACUGGCAUGGUUAGAGGUUAAAUCCCCAUAAGAAAAUCUCCUUAGAUCUGAGAAAAGGAUUAGGGAAUCUGAAUUCUUGAAAUUAACUCUCUUCUUUUUCACUGAAACUAAAGUCUAAACCAGAAUUCAAAUCCAUAUCUUCCAUGAUACAGCCUUCAUGUUCAGCUUGAAAAGUUAGAUUUCUCUAACUUUAGGCUAACGUUAAAAAGUGUAUUUUUUUAGUACACAUCCCACAUCACAGGAUAAUGUGUAGAUUUAUGUUACUUACUUCUUUUGAGAAAGACAGACAAAAUGGUUUUUGAAAGACAGGUGAAAUGGUCUUUUUUAAGCCUAGUAAAGAACCCAAGAUUUGAGACCAGCCAUAAUUUCUUUCAGGAAAGCUUUCUGUCCAUUCCAUAGAUAGGUAUAUGGAAAAAUUGUGGUAUUUCUUAAAAUAGGUAUUUCUUAAAAGCUCUCUUUGUAAAAGUCUCAUGAAAAUUUGAAGGCAUACACAAAAGUAGAGAAAAUAAUAGGAUAACCCUCCCACAUCCCCAUCCCCUAUACUUAGUAAUUAUAAAACUUAUGCUGUAUUUGCUUCAUCUAUCCUUUUUUUCCUUUUCCACUGUAAUAUUUUGAAGCCAAUCUCAGACAUUAUGUUACUUCAUCUUCACGGUAAUUGGAGCCAUUCUCAAAAGUUUUUGUUAGCAGAAACUGCUGGUAGAAGUCAGGUUGAUUAGAAGAUUCUACAUUAAGUAUCUGUAUCCCAAUGUUAACCUCUUAGAAUAGAGUAUACAUAUGGAGGAAAUGUCUCUGUGCUUGGGAUCUCCUGCAUCUUUGUGACCUCAGUCUCGUUCAAUUAGAGACAUAGGAAUCAAAAGCUACAUAGCUCCUUGAGACCCACGUUUAAUCCCUGUUUAUCCCUAGUCACCUCCCUUAUCUUUGAAAACUUCAGAGACAGAAUUUUCAUUGCCUCUUUUCAGUAAUGUACUUGAAUGUUUUAACACAUGGAAAAAUGACUUGGUAUAUUUUUGUCCAUGUAAUGAUCAAAGUGAAUAUGACAAUGCAUUACUUACUAAAUUAAAAAGCAAUGUGGAUAUUUGGUUUUCGUUUUCUUUAAAAGACUUGAUAAUUUAGAACUUCCAAAAUCCUACAUGAGGCUUAUGCUGAAUAAUUUUGCCUUCUUAAGUUUCUACUCAUGAAACUGAUACCUUUGGCUUGUUAUUUAGCUUGGCCAGAUGCUCUUCAUUUGAGUAUGUAUGUCCUGGCUCACACAUUGGAAUGAUGAGAUAUAAAUUCAUUUGGAUUACAUUAUAAUUAAUUGUAGACUUUCUCUACUCUCUUUUUUUAAUUUUCUAAUUAAAUUUAUUUUACUUUUUGCUCUGAUGUGGUUAACCUCAGUUUCUUUGAAUUUAGCUUAUUUAACAUACAACUGAGGACAUUAUAAAAUUUUAAAUGGCUUGUUUAGAGAAGCAUUCCCUAGAAAGGUUCUGGAUGAAAAUAUGGUAUGCUCAUACUAGGCCAAAAAGAACAAAGAAAUGUCCUCUGACAUUUGGUACCCUGUGGAUAAUCAUCCAGAAUCAGUUUGUCAUCACAUCCAAAAAAUGUAUUACAGUAAAGAAUAAAUUUACCCACAAAAAGGGACUAUAUUAAAGGUAAAUACUCACUUAUGGUUUGCAAUCUCUAUUUUGACAUUUGUUUCCAUAAGUAAUUGAGUAAACCGCCAUGUUCAGUGCUUUGGAGGAGUCAAAGCUGUGUAAGAUUUCAUUCAUAUUCUAAAAGAACUUUAAUCUAGUAAAGAACUAUGGAUGUAGUUAACUAUAAUGCAAGGGACCAUUAGAGAAAACGAAACCCCUUCCAAUUGGGAUCCUCAGAGAGGGCUGGUAAAGGAAAUGUGGGGUAAAGCAGCAAGGACCCAUUUUUCAGCCUCCUCCUAAGAAUUGUCCAAAAUUUUAGAUAUUUGAUAGUUUCACUGUCAUAUGGGAUCAUGUAAGGUAUAAUUGCUUUUAUUUUGGCAAUUAUAUAUUAUCAUAAGUAUUAUAUUAUUAUAAAUAAUAUAAAUAAAUAUAUUUUUCUAAGAUA